AUGGCGCAAGCUGAUAUUUCAGGUGACGGAUAUAAAGACAUCAUUAUCUGCUUUGACUAUGGAAAUACAAUAAUCGACUUCAAUCCUGACGGAGGACACAUCGUGUGGUUAGAAAACCCCGGAAAGGAGAUUGGUACAGAACAGUGGAAACAGCAUUAUGUUGGAAGAUCACCGACAAUGCACAGACUUAAAAUUGGUCAUUUUACACAAACCCAACAUUGGGAGAUUAUAGGCCUGCCUAUCGUAAAUGGACCAUUUGAUGUAUCAGUACCGGUGUUGCUAUUUCGACAGCCUGAUAAUGUGUUAACUGCCAAAGCAUGGGAUUAUGAAAUUAUUGAUAAAGAUUAUUUUCAUUUAAUUCAUGACGCUGAAAUGUUUAAAGUUCAUUUGUUGGAUCAACUCCUUAUUGCAUCACGAGAAGGUCUUACUUGGCUUUACUAUAAGGAGGACUCAACGGAGUGGAUUAUUGAGAAAAUUGCCGAUGGUGAACAGAAAGACAAACAGCAGACAAACUAUUAUGGCAGUGGCGGUGUUGAUAUUGGAAAAGUUGAAGAUGAUAGUUUUGCUUAUAUUGCUGCGCUCGAACCCUUUCAUGGAAAUGUGGUUUCGGUUUAUACCAAAACUACUAACAAUUCACUGACACAAAUACAAUGGCAAAGACACGUACUCGAUGUAUAUGGGUAUCCUAACCAAAAUGGCGAAGGCACAGGCCAUUAUGUGGUUUGUGCUGAUUUUGACAAAGAUGGAACCGAUGAAUUUUUAGUUGCACUGCGUGGCCCAACUCCGAAUGAGGGUGUCUUUUACUAUAAGCCUGUUGAUCUCUCCCGUGGUUUAUUCACUAAAUGGAAAGUUAGUGAUAAGUCUGCUGCAAGAAUUGCUGUUGCAGACUUUGAUAACGAUGGUUUUGCUGAUUUCGCAACAAUAGGCUAUCAUGUUCCUGGCUAUUAUUUGGCAGAAAAUCCUUCAAUAAACGUAUUUUACAAUCGAUUUAUCAACAGAAUAACACAAGCUAAAAAUGAGCUACAACUGAUGAGACAAAACGAUGAACUUUUGUUCACAAUUCCAAGACCGAAUAAAAUAUUACAAUAUCAAGCUCUUCCGUUUUUAACCAUCGGAGGUAUCACUUUAUCGUUGGAAGUUUUACCGCCUUAUAGUUCACGCUAUGUGGGAGAAAAUACUUAUAUCAAGGUUCUUGCAGGAAUCAUACACUGGAAAGAUUCUUCUACUAAAUCGGAUCAAUCAGUAAAUCAGUCGCGUACAUUUCUUUGCGAACCAAGAAGUGUUUGUUCUCUUGAAAUACAUAGUGAUGAUAAGAGAAUAAAAACUGAAAAUGAAGGUGCAGUUUUUAUGGUAUUACAAAUGGCUAAAGGCAUGCAUAAUAUUCCUAUAUUCAGAAAUAUUAAAAAGAUUAUCAUUGAAAAUUCUCUACCUGAAGCCUCUCCAGAAGAUGCUCGUAAACUUGGCUUCAAGUUUGUCAAAGUUGAAGAACUUGAAUGGGGGAAAGAGAAGUUUAGAGGUUUAGAAUUUUAUAAUAUGAGAGGUUUCGACGUAAACUUCGCUGAUAACGAUGAACGCCUGUGUUAUUUUCAGCUAUGGGCUGCUGGAAAAGGUACUAAUGCUGGAGUACACAAUCAUAGGACAGAUCGGUUUUGCGAAGUGCAUGCUUGUAUCGUGAAUGGAAAUGGAAACAGUGGUAUGCAUUAUCUUAGAAGUUCUAAGCAGCCUUAUGAUCCGUUGUCUACAUCUGAUGAUGAAUUCGAGAAACAAGUCAUACCAUCGUUUCAUGAGCAAGGUCCUCUCUGGGAUAUCAAUGCAAAGAAGGAACCAGUUCUACGAAGCGAUGGUACUGUUGUUUAUCCAUGGCAUAAAUGGCAGUCUGGUGGUGAUGAGUUAUCUGAGCCCCUGUGCAGCGAAAUACCAUCUGGAAAAAACAUUAGUGUCGAUGAUUCCAGUGCUCGAUCGACAAAUGCAUCAGUCCUAAAGACGAUGCUGAAACGGCACCGUUGCGCUUCCGAGUCCAAGCAAUCAUUUGAUGUUUGGUUAGUUUUUGCAUUUGAUGUGAAAAUGUCAAAACUUCCUCAAUAA